UCGCCGCAGCACCCAGUGUACCAGCUGGACGCUCAGCUAUUUCUGCUCUUAAUUCAACGGAUCCCUAGAGCGACUGACCAUACCUCUGCGUACCGAACGUCUACAGCAGCAAGUUUUUCUCUCCGUCAUCUCAAUUCCGUCUGCGGGCUAGCUGAAGCUUACCGGAUUCCGAGCGCCGCCCGAAAUGUGGAACCACUUCAAAAUCACGGAUUAUCUGCGGAGAAUGGUGCGCCUCAAGGAUCUCAAAUCAGACGUUCUUGACACGAAUCUCAGGAGAUGCUUGUCAACCUUGGAUGUGGCCUUCCUCGGCAUCGGGAAUAUGCUUGGCUCAGGCAUUUAUGUCCUCUCACCUGAAUUGGCGCGCGAUUACACCGGUCCAGCUCUCGUCAUUUCCUAUAUGAUCGCUGGGAUCACAUCUCUAUUCGCGGCUCUAGCUUAUGCCGAAUUCGCGGUGCGAUAUCCUCGGGCUGGAUCUGCGUACUCGUACACUUACUUCUCCGUCGGCGAAUUGAUGGCUUUCUUCGUUGGUUGGAAUGUGAUCAUGGAAAAUGUGCUUUCUCUAGCAGUCAUCGCGAGGUCGUGUAGCGAAUACGCCGAUUCGCUGGUCGGGGGAGCUAUAUCCAACAUGACGAUCGAGGUGUUCGGUACCCUGGAAGCAGGUUCUGAUGGUUUCAUUGGUCACUAUCCCAACGUCUUGGCAGCGAUGAUUCUAGUGGCUUUCCUCGGUUUCAUGAUGCUGGGCGCCAAGGAAACCUCGUGGCUCAAUAAUAUCCUCGUUUUCAUCAACAUCGCUGUCAUAGCUGUGAUUCUCGGCGUGGGGGGUUGGUUCGCUGAUCUCCGCAACUGGGAGUAUAGAGAAGGAGAUCCGAAACCGCAGGGAUUCAUAAACGGAUUUCUGCCUUUCGGUUGGAAAGGUGUUUUCGCCGCCUCAUCCCAAUGCUUCUUCGCUUACGUGGGAUUCGACGGGAUGGCAGCGGCUGGAGAAGAGGCACGCGAUCCCAAGAAAGCGAUCCCAGCGGCCACUUUCAUCACAAUGUCUGUUGUUUCAGUCGUGUACAUUGCUGUUUCGGCAGUUCUCACCCUCAUGUUGCCAUACUACAACAUACACCGGAGCUCAGGUAUUCCCGAUGCUCUUGGAUACCAUGAGGUGGCGUGGGCGCAGGCCACCGUCUCGAUCGGGGCGAUGAUUUGCAUGGCUACGGCAAUCAUCGGUACAAUUUACGGAGUAUCCCGAGUGAUCUACGCAAUGGCCGAUGACGGUUUGCUGCCGACGGCUUUGCAGAAAACCUAUCGUAAAGUUCCAAUUAUAUCCAUGCUCCUCGGCACUCUAUUCGCGGCGGCUACGGCUGUGGUGUUCAAUGUUGGAGCGAUCAUAGAAAUGCUCUCGAUCGGGACACUUUUCGCGUAUCUUCUCGUGGCUUUCGCUGUUCUGGUCGUACGCCACACGGAAGAAGAUGAUGCUGAGGAGGUCAUUCGCGACAAGGAACGGACUCUCGCUCUCAAGCCGUGGGCCGGGCGACUGAGGUGUCUGUACCCAUCCGGAAUCAGCCAGCGAGAGCUGGUGAUGUGCGUCCUCGUCCUUGUUCUAAUUUCCUCGUUCGGAACUGGUUUCGCUCUUCACUCGUCACUCGGUCUGACCGCUCGUUCCUACAUCGCUGGAACCUGUGGAGCGUCGAUUCUCCUGUGCGCGGCAUUCCUCUAUCCUUUGGCUGAGAGGAAAAAUGACGAUAAAUACAAGAUGCCUUUGGCACCUCUCCUCCCGAUUGUCAGCAUAUUCUGCAACGUGUUCCUGAUGACAACGCUGAAAGAGGCAGCCUGGGAGCGUUUGGGUUAUUGGAUGGCUGCCGGAUUCGUGCUUUAUGUAUCCCAUGGCAUUCGUCACAGUAAGCUCGGCGAGCACCGGGUGGGGGUAUUCGAUCACAGUAGCGUCGAGUAA